UCAGGAUAGGGCAGGGCCGCCAUUUUUUUGCAGGGACGGACUGUACGGAAAGUUUGUGAGGUGAAAGUUCUCCGUUCUGUGAUUUCUGUAUUCCCGGGACCGAGCACCGAGCACACCACACACCGAGCGACUAUGAGCGCCAAGGAGUCGUCCGCCCCGGUGGAGAAGUACAAGCUGGUGGUGGUGGGGGGAGGAGGAGUGGGCAAGAGCGCCCUCACCAUCCAAUUCAUCCAGUCAUACUUCGUUUCCGAUUAUGAUCCAACCAUUGAGGAUUCCUACACAAAGAUAUGCAGCAUUGAUGGAAAGCAGACGCGAUUGGACAUUCUGGACACAGCCGGACAAGAGGAGUUUGGAGCGAUGAGAGAGCAGUACAUGAGGACGGGAGAAGGUUUUCUCCUUAUAUAUGCAAUUAAUGACAGAGGAAGCUUCAAUGAGAUCAGCAAGUUCCACACGCAGAUCCUCCGCGUUAAAGACCGAGAUGAGUUUCCAAUGAUUCUGGUUGGCAAUAAAGCAGAUUUGGAUCUUCAAAGACAGGUGACCAAAGAGGAAGCCCUGAACUUCGCACGGGAAAACCGAAUUCCUUAUAUGGAAGCCUCAGCCAAGAUCCGACUAAACGUAGAUGAGUCUUUCCAUGAGCUGGUCAGGGCAAUCAGAAAAUUUCAAGAAUCUGAGAGCCCACCAACCCCAGCUGUUAACCCCAAGAAGAAAGAAUCCAAGAGCUGCCCAUGUGUGAUCCUGUAACCAUUUGGCCCAUGACCCGCCCCAGAUGGCCUCAACAGAGACACAGCAAAAGGAUGGGAAAGUUUAAGCCACUUGUGGAUAGCACGCAGCGUUUAUGCCAUCAGCCUGCCCAUGAUUGGUCCCUGAUCCAGGCCAAUCCUGCUGAAACCUGGAGACAUCACAUUACUUUCUCCCACCAUGCUGGGCAGCAGCUGUGAAGGCAGCGGGGACAGAUGCUUUAUUCUACUACAAAGAAAUGCAGUUUGCACACACUCCCUUCAUCUGUGCCGAUGCUUCAAUAUUUUUUAUUUUAUUUUUAAUGCUGGGAAUCUGCAUGUAAAUGUAUAUUCUGUAUAUAUAUUUUAUAUAUUAUGUUUAUUUUAGUGUUCCACAAGCUUUAUGUACGUGCUGAACUUGCGUACUGGAGAGACUAUUGGAGAUUCUCCUACAUAUUAUUAUCUGAGAUCUAUCCUAAAGACACACUUUUUUUUUUUUUCAUAGCAUUUGUUUCCCUUUAGGGCCAGUCCACUCAAACCAGUAUUUUAGUUAUAGGUGGGUGUUCAUGAGCUGGAUCACCCAUAAGUGUUUUAUAUUCAUGGGAACUCCAGUGCUGUGGUCUCUGCAUUGGUGGUUUUAGCGGUGUCCUUCCGGUGCAGCCAUGAUUGUGGCUGUUUACUUUGAGACCCCCUAAGACAGGUGGGCUGAAAAUGCCAGAUUCUGACCAGUGUUUUCCGAAAAGCAAAAAAGUCUGUCAUUGGGUGGACUGACCCUUUAAUUACUUUGUUAGCGGUAAUGGUUGACUGUAUUAUUUUUUUGUAUUUUUGCUUCUCACUGCCUCUUUACCUAGCAGUGUCAGUUACACUACAAAAUGGCUAAAACUAGAUUGUGUUGUCAAUUCUUGAUCUACAUGUUUCUUUGCUGGUGGUGAAAUAGACCUACUUAAUACAUGUUUUAUUGGAGGAUGGUUGUUUGUUUCCUAUUUUCAUCUGCCUUGUUUUGGUUCUUGUACGUAUAAGAUAGAAGAAGUUUAAUUCUUGCCAAUGUAAAAGGAUUAAAUGAUGGCGUAAAAUAUAAUGUAAGUGGCUAUGGGCCACCACACUGAAGCAAAGGACUAAAACUUGAGCCUGUGCCAAAAAUGCAAACUAUCAUUAAAUACUUUAGUUGUCAGUAACUGAAAAAGGAUCAGCUGCAGGCAGCCUACAACCACGUGUAGUUCCAUGCUGUGUCUGUCUGGUGAUGGUCAUCUUAGAGUAGCAGGGUUGGUUCCUCAUAUUGGAGCUGCCCCCUGAUGACUUAUGGGGUUAAGACCCAGAAGUGGUAGCAGAGAAGCACAAACAGGGAGAUCUUGCACUACAAGUCCUUGGGUACAGCUUCCUCUUCUGCGAGGAGAACACUGGGCAGUACAGUGAUUACCAGUGGUAAUUUUUUGGCCAAUUGCGGCCAACAGUGCACUUACCCCAUCCAUGGCAGGCAAUCGCAGCGUCUCCUUUCAGCCAGUCGGGAAAUGGGUCUCAGGCCCACUUCACGAUGGGCGGAGAGAAGAUUCAUUGUGAGACUAGUGAAUAUUCAUUCACUAUUCUCACACACCUAUUUUAAAGCCUCUGGUUCUAAUCUGUGCUUUAAAAAAAAAAAACACCCAGCCUGCACCGAAAUUCAAGAUGCCGGAUGCAUGCGGGGUGUGCAUGGCGGUCUCCUUAAUGGACAGGCCACCCCUGGUGAUAUCACUAGAUCAGCCUAGACGUCAGCAGAAUAGUGCCUUGGAUGGACCUCACACUGAAGAUUAUAUAUAGUUUUAAGGCUACAGUUGCAGGUAGUCCAGUAUUACUUUUUAGAAGAAUUCCAAGAAGAAAAGUAAAUCUUCAAGGGUUUCUCCCUCUAACAUGUCACCUUUUUGUUUUUUGAGUUGUGGUCCACUUUAAUCCUCUGUGUUUUGAAUAUUCUGUGAGCAGUUUAGUUCGCUAUUACAAAAAACGUCUGGACUGGCACAAGUAUAUAAGCUGUAUAAAAAGAUCUUGCAGCAGGAAUAGGGAUUUAUGUAAACCUAUUCAAAUUCACCCUGUAAUGAAGAAAAGUGUGUAAGCCAUAAGAUUGGCAGAGCUGGAGUGGUAGAACCUUUAAGUAUAUGAACAGUUGAUAUUUUCUCCUGUAAUAUUAAAUAGGAGCUAUAAAAAGAUGACCAGAUUAUAGGUCCAAAUUGGUUUGAAUAUCGCAUUAACGCUCUAGGAUGAAGGUUUGGUACGUGUAGAGGGGCAAGCACAAUUUCUAUAUAACUUUUUAGCUGCUGCUAAUUUUGACGUGGUUUACAGUGAUGUUUAAUGUGCUGUUUAUGCAUCCAUUUUGUCUAUAAGAUUUAGUUGCGUAGGUUUGUGACAUGUUUUUACUUUUGGGGAACACUCCACAUAUGCAAGAACUUGAUGGAAUUCCCCAAAUCAUCCUAGUUUUUGGGUGUUUCAUUACAUAUUUGUAUCUUUCUUGGCAGAUGACACAUUUUUCUGUGUAACACUAUAAAAACUUCACAUCUGCAGUCCAGGGGAAAGGGAGUUCAGUGAAACACACCUCUAAUGCCUUAAAGACAUCAGCAUUCCUUUAUUAACACUCAACAGCAUCAGCUUCAAUGAGCCUUCAGCAGAUUUCUUGAAGCCAUCAAAACGGCAUUCAACUCCUGUCUCAAAUGUUAUAUACCAGAUAAUGUGAGUUCUGGCUGUAGAUUUUAACCUAAGCUGUAGCACACUACUUAAAGCGUGGUUGAAAUAUGUGGACAUUCCUAUUAACAUAAGCUUGGUCAGAGAAAAAGUAGCUUGUCCUUGUUAAAGCGGAGCUCCACCCAAGGAAGGGUACCCUGCUCCCACUUCCGGGUAAUAUUGGUGAUCUAUAACAUUUCCAGCCCUGCUUUCUUCCCACACCUGCUGCCAUCUGGGCUACACACAGGUUUCCAGAAGAUGGCAUGACCACUCAAAGUGUAAUGCGACUCGCACAUGGGAAACUAGCGGCCUUGCUGCCGGUUUCCCUUAUGUACAAUGCCUGCACCCAAAGCUGAUUGACAAAUCGGCUUGGGGUGCUGACAUUGUGAGAUCCCAGGCCAGGGAAUUGUCCUUUUAUAUUAAAAGUCAGCUACAGUAAUUGCUCUUUCUUACACCUUUUACAGUAUUUGUAGCAGCUGAAUUUUAAUUAUUUUCUGUUCUUGACUGGAGUGCCACUUUAAUGUCGUCCUAGCAGUACAGGUUGCCUGGCUGUCUCUGGCUUUAGUUCUUAAUGAGAGAACAAGUGUUAAGACCAGAGCACUUCAAGCUUUGGUAUUGAAGUCAAUGGAUUACCAUUGUAGCCACUUAUUAUGUGGCCCAGCAAUGGUAGCCAGCAUAUCCUCUUAUGGCCUGUACACACGAUCAGAAAAUUGUACGAAAACUAUCACUUUUUGAAGUGAAGGUAGAAUGAUCUGAUUGUUAGUACACCGCAUUUGAGAGCCGGUCAUGACAGUUUAUCCGCUGGGACAAGCACAAAAAUGUUUCUUGUAUGAUACAGUACAGUUGAAAACAAAAUACAACACACAUGCACUACAAUACAUUACAUAAUUUCUGAAUUUUUAUUCUGUUGACUUUGGUAAACUCUUAAUUUUCAUUGUCUGAUAAUCGCAUCCUGUGUACCAGGCGUUAAGAAUGAACUUACUUAAAACAUAUUUCAUGGCAAAAUAAAAAAUAUACUCCGUAAA